UCAUUCAUUCAUUCGUUUGCUGUGCUCAUGGAUGGUGCAAGUCGCGCAAGAGUCAACAAUCUCGUCGCGAUUUUCUGGUUUUCUUUUCAAAUCGUGCUUGCAUUGCAGUAAAAUAAAUAAAACAAGUGCAAUAUUUUAAUCCGCGUGGGCAUUAUUAUUUGCUGCCACAGGCUGACAACAGUUGCUGCUGUGUUGGAAGUUGGGAGUGAGCGUGUUGCGUUGCUGCUGGUGGUGUGAUGGAAAAUGUCCCAAGGGAUGGAGGCCAAGUGGGGAUGUGACUCGCUGGCAGAACUAUGUGUGUUCUCUUGGUUUGGCAUCUGUUUUAUCAAUUAAGGCAGACCUUGAGGGUUCGAUGAGGGAAAUCUCGGCUGUGAACGAUUAGUGAACAAAGUGUGACCUCGCUUGGCAGGAAGUGAUUGAAGGAAAGGUUCGUUUUUGUGGGUGGAUUCGGCUUGGGUGGGGUGAACGAAGAUGGGCGGUCCAUGGAGGUGGGUUAGGGCUGGGUUGGUGCUUUUGGUGAUGGGGCUAUUGAGCGGAAGUCAACCCUCGGAUUGUGCCCAUUUGAGUGGGUCAUUCACCUUGGAUCAGUUCUUUCGGUUCGUCAUCAAAUUUGGGUUCCAAAAGACGGAAAAGCACUCCCAACAGAAUACGGAAUCGGACACGUUCGGAUAUAUUUACGGAAAUGUGACGAGCAGGAUGAAUCUGACGGUGCCAAUUACGCUGGCCGUGCUGGAUAAGCACAACUUUCUGGAGUUCUAUGCUAACAGGAACAACUUUGAUCGGGAUGUGGCCUGCCAGCGGAUGUUCGAUAAGCUGGACAAGGUGGCAUUCAAUAGCGGGUGCAACAAAGGAGCGGAAGCCGAUUAUCUUCGGAGGAUUCCCUGCGAGCGGGGGAAACUGUGCCCGGAUGAAGACAGUCCGUCGAAUGUGGUGUCUGGCAGUCAGUUCACUUACGUGAUAAGUGAUCCAAACGUACCGAGGUUCUGGUACGUCUCGAUGGUUGCUUGCUACCAAAACCAAACCACCUGUCAGUGGCAUCACUACGACUACCGGAAGUUCCACAGCCAACCGCCGGAAAUCGAUUUCGACAUCCAGUUGGUAAACGGAAACCCCAAUCGACAGAGCGCAUCUUUCUUCAAUCCGUUGCUGUUCCACUUCUCGUUCGACCAGCAGAACACCCUGGAGAUGUAUUUGAUAUUCUUUGUGAUCUAUCUGGUGAUGUUUCCGCUGCAGGUUUACGCAGUUCGGCUGCAGAAGCAUCCGGUGACGCGACUUUUCACCGUCAGUUUGCUGCUGGAGUUCAUAAGCGUCUGUUUGCUUCUGACACACACCGUCCGCUACGCCAUGAAUGGUAUCGGGAGUAAGAACCUGGCCAUCACCGGAGAUAUUUUCGAUAUUUUCAGUAGAACUUCAUUUAUGCUAAUUUUGUUACUGCUGGCCAAAGGGUGGGCCGUCACCCGGUUACAAAUCUCCGUUAGUAGUUGGAUUCUCCUCAUGGUCAUUUGGAUUCCCUACUGUGCAAUACAUGUGCUGCUGUAUAUCUGGAAUAGGACCGAAGUCGACAUCAUAUCCGACACCGACGAGUACCAGACGUGGCCCGGCUGGUUGGUGCUUGCUUGCAGGUCCACAAUGAUGCUGUGGUUCUUGUGGGAGCUGCGCAUCACGAUGAAGUACGAACACUCGACGCAGAAGCUGGACUUUCUGCUGCACUUCGGUGCUUCCAGUUUGGUGUGGUUCAUCUAUCUGCCCAUAGUGGCGAUCAUCGCAGUCAACGUGAAUCCGCUGUGGCGGUACAAGUUGCUAUUAGGAAUAACAAAUUCAGCCGACUGUCUGGCGUACUGCGUGAUGAUGGGACUGCUGUGGCCAAACCGGGCUGGACAAUAUAUGCUGCUGACGGGGUCCAACUAUGCAGGAAUGGACGAGCUGGACGAAUUCAAUGAAGCGCCCCACAUCGUUCACCGGGACUCGGACUCGGUGCUGCGGGUGGACUGCGACGACGAGUACGCGGACAAUGACGAUGAAAUCGAAACCCUAGUGCUGAGCACGGACGAUCUGCUGAGUACGGGCAAUAACCACAACGCGAGCAGUGGCAUCGAAACGCCACCGACGACGAUCGUGAGUACCGGCGGGAGCAAACCCCUUAUCCUGAACGGACGAAGUCGGAACCAUCUCUAGGCAGGCAGGUGGGUUAUCUCGCUAGGAGAGGCUAUUUUCUAGUAUGUAGGAUCGAUUUCCGGACGACUGCUCAGCACUUGUUGUGUAAGUAUUCAUGCGUUUUUGAAGCAAUUCUUUGAAGUUCAAUUACAUUUUUUGAAUAACAGAGUGCGAUUUUUAUCAAACACUGGGAUUGGAAACGAAUUUUGUAUAUAUUAGGUAAAAAAAGAGAUGAUUUUAUAACAACGGCGAGAAACUUUUCUAGAGUGCCGCAAGGCGCAUCAUAUACCUUUUUAUUGGUCGAUCGAUUGAUGAUAUUUGAGAAUCUUUAGCAUGAGUCAGACACGAAACAUGAAUCUUAAAACAAAAAGUAGCAAAAAUGUUCCCUUUUAGAAAACCACUAGAUCCAGUACAGCUCAUGUGCCAUAAAAAGGUGUCAGAAGAUGAAAAUCGUGAAAUUAUUAUUUCCAGAAGUAGGGAAACCCUAACUAUAGAUAGAUCAACGCGGCAGGAUGCUAGAUAGAGAACACCUUAUUAGAAUUUCUGCAACUUUUAUUGUCUAGCAUCAGUUCGGUAGGUACAUAGUGAGGAUCCUACUUUAUGGUAGAAAGUUUCUAAACAAGAGCACUUUCCAGUAGUUUAAGUAUCGAGAAAAAUUACGGCGAAAAACAAUGGCGUGUGAUAUAGGACAAAAAUAGCAAUUACUAGAAAAUUGGGAGAAACGAAAACAGUCAAAGGUUACAUAUAGUGAUAGGGUAGAAUUAUCGAAGGAAGAUAUGAGCAUAACUUAACUAGAUUACAUAUUGAUGGGUGGGUCUGUGGCAUUAAAAGUUGGAAGCACUACUGCAUCAUUGUUUGGCCACUAGGUAAAUGUUGUUUUUUUUUUGUUUGUAAAAUGCAUAAGCACCAAGGCAAAUAUUCCACGUCCACCUUGUAUUUGUGUUACGUCGGAUUACAUGCUCUCUGAAAUUUCAAUUCAAGGCGUGCAUAGAACGCAUAAACAUGCAUUUCGAAAACAAAUUAAAAAUUUCAGCACGAGUAAUCUGUCGAUUUGUACUUAGAAGUAAGGCUGAUACAAAUAUUCAAGAAAAAAUAUGUCCCCUCCUCUCUUUUUUUUCAAAGGUAUUAGUUUGAGAGAGCAACAACAAAAUCAGGAAAAUUUCAAGAGUUUUAUAAAUAUUUUUUAACAAAACCGAUCUAAGAUCAUCAGGAAUUUUUUUGAUUAAAUACUAGCAGACCCGACAAAUUUCGUUUCGCCUAAAAUUGAUUUGGGAGAAGGGGAGGGGUUUUGAACGACCACAGGAACAUAUCUUCCCUUCCAAAACCUUCUCAUGCCAUAUUUGGUUUCAUUUGCUUGAUUAAUUUUCGAGUUGUGAAGAAAUUAGUGUUUCAUUUGUAUGGGAGCCCCACUUUCCAAAGAGGGGAGUGGUAUGGAACCAUCUUAAAAACUUUCUCCGGCCCCGAAAACCUUUGCAUACAAAUUUUUACGUCGAUCGGUUCAGUAGUUUCCGAGUCUAUAAGGGUCAGACAGACAUAAAUUCAUUUUUAUGUUUAUAAGAAGAUUUGUAAUAUUAAAUGCGACUGAGGAAUAAAUAUUAGGGAAUAAAAUACUGCUUGAAUUCUCCCAAAGUUCGAAAUGUACAAACUUUCCAGGUAUAAACUACUUUCAACAUUUACUAAUGGUGAGCUUUUACUAAGUUUGGAUUUCCAACUUCUCAAUUUGCUACAGACCUAUUCCAAAACCAGCAAGUAUUUCAGUGACUACAAAAUUAUUUUCAAUUCGCUUUUCACUCCAUGUUUCAUUUAUGUGUAGAUCUUUCUAGUUGUAGUUUUCAAUACAAUAGCUCCUUUCUUCAUCUAACCAAAAUGUCUCAACCAAACUGCUACUUCUUUAAAACAAAAGAAAAAUCAUUCUAAAGACUAAGCCAACCAACCACUACAGUUUUUUCGUAAGCGCAAACCACAAAAUAUGCAAUUAAAGUACCUUCCAGAUUGAACAAUUUUAGCAGAUCAGCCUAACUCGCUUUUCAAGAUAAAAAACGCGAACCACUAUUUUUGCAGAAUCUUGAAUGAACAAAAUAAUAAGAAUGUCCGCUAGUUAAGUAGAAAAGUCAAGGGUACCAAAAAGGAUAUUUUUGGAGCUCGAUUCACCAAAUUUUAUGCAAUGUAACGAAAAGCAAGCAAGAGUUAAAGAAAGCGAAGCACCCAACUCAAGUCAGAAGAAAGAAAAAUAUCGAAAGGACUUUAUUAACCGACGACACGAAACACGGGAUAGAUUAGCGUUGUGAUAUAAUUUAGGUAUUUUAUGAAACAAGUAAACAAGAUGUCAAUGCAAAACCAUAAACCUAACCCUGUUGUACAUAGGAGGCAAAAGUCGGAUACCUUUUGCUGGAAUGAUGUUUCUUUAUUGAUAACACUACUGGAUAUUAUUAUUAUUGGAGUGAUGAUAAAACGAAAGAUGAUUAUGAGAAAUGGAGAGAGAUUUCUCACGUUUUUUAUACGAACAAAUUAUCUAUUACAGUUGGGAAUGGAAGAGGAUGUUUUAAAAAUAGUCAUUCGACUGUGUAUAUGCGUAACUUUUUGCCCAGCAUGAAAACAAAUAAAUCUAGAGACAAAUCUUUUA